ACCCUUCUCCAGCUCAUGAGCAUUGUGCCUAAGAGAACAUAGCACUGCCAGCUGAUGCUAAAUUUUCUUAGGACAUAAUGGAGGGAAAGGAAGAAGUAAUCCAAGCAUGGUAUAUGGAUGACACUGAAGAAGACCAGAGGCUUCCCCAUCACCGCACGCCCAAGCAGUUUGUUUCUAUUGACAAAGUUGCAGAACUUGGUGUUCUCAGCUGGCGACUGAAUGCUAAUGACUAUGAAAAUGAUGAAGCGCUAAAAAAGAUUCGUGAAGCGAGGGGCUACUCUUAUAUGGACAUAGUUGAAGUUUGCCCAGAGAAGCUGCCAAAUUAUGAAGCCAAGAUCAAGAGCUUCUUUGAGGAACAUUUGCACACCGAUGAAGAGAUUCGUUAUUGUCUUGAUGGAAGCGGUUAUUUUGAUGUGAGGGAUGAAAAUGACCAAUGGAUUCGUGUAGCACUGAAGAAAGGGGGAAUGAUUGUCUUGCCUGCUGGAAUUUACCACCGAUUUACUCUAGACACAAAUGACUACAUAAAGGCUUUACGACUUUUUGUCGGUGAGCCUGUGUGGACUCCACACAACCGACCCAAUGAUCAUCUUCCUGCCAGGAAGGAGUACCUUGAUUUGUUGGGGAAGAAGUCAGCUGCUGGUGGCCAUCAAGCCAUUGAGGCUCACUGAGGUCAUUGGAUAAGUACAUCACUUAACACCAGUCUUAGCUGCCGACUGCGAUUCCUGCUUUGAUCUUUAUAUAAUCUCAUUUCAUGAGUGGUUUUUCACGUGUGGGUUUGAUGUGAUGCCAUAUGUUUCUGUUAUCAUAUAGAAUAAAAUCGGUUGCUUUGUGCCUGCCAAAAGCGUGAGCAUGUGGGAUUAGUUUAUCUUCUGUUCCUGCUGCAUGCUGGCUACUUGUAUGACGCUUUAUGUUAAAUAAAUUUGAUGAGU